UUAUGUUAUAGAAUCUAGAUAAUUGAGUCUUCAGUCUAGUGGAGUUAGGUAAAUAUUAAAAAUUCGUCGUAAACGCUCAAAACCCUUCAAAAUAAUAUUUAUUCUAUUAUUGAAACCGUUUUCUUUUAAACCUAUGUUUAUUGGUAUCAUACUAUUUGUUUAAAAUCGAAAUACCUAUUAUGGCGUUACACAUUCCGAGAGCGCCGGGCUUUGCCCAAAUGUUAAAAGAUGGUGCAAUGCAUCUCUCCGGUCUUGAAGAAGCCGUGUACCGUAACAUAGCGGCGUGCAAAGAGUUUGCGGGAACGGUUAAAACGGCGUACGGUCCGAACGGCAUGAAUAAAAUUGUCAUUAACCACAUUGACAAAACGUUUAUCACCAACGAUGCGGCCACCAUCGUCAAAGAACUUGAUGUCGAACAUCCAGCUGCUAAACUCAUAGUAAUGGCCUCUGAAAUACAAGAACAAGAAGUCGGCGAUGGCACAAACUUUGUUAUAAUAUUGGCCGGAGCUCUACUCGAGCAAGCCGAAAAAUUAUUAAAAAUGGGUUUAACUCCAGUCGAAGUAUGUGAAGGCUAUCAGGUCGCACUUGGGAAAGCCAUUGAAAUUUUGCCCUCGUUGACGUGCCAUGAGGUUAAAGAUAUCAAAAGUAAUUCAGGCAAAGAAGCGUUAGGACAAGCUGUAAAAUCAUCGAUUAUGAGUAAACAAUACGGCCAGGAAGAGUUUAUCUCUAAUCUUGUGCUUGAAGCAUGUUCGUCAAUCUUGCCCGAGAAAACCACAUUUAAUGUAGACAACAUCAGAGUGUGCAAAAUUUUGGGUUCGAACUUAUACAAUUCAACCGUUGUCAAUGGUAUGGUAUUUAAACGUACAAACGAAGGAGACAUUACAAAACAAACAAACGCUAAAAUUGCUGUAUAUACGUGUCCAAUCGACAUAACUACUACGGAAACAAAAGGUACUGUUCUUAUUAAAUCGGCGGACGAGUUACAAAACUUCAGCCGUGGCGAAGAAAUGGUACUCGAAGAACAAAUAAAAGCCAUAGCCGAUGCUGGUGUCACGGUUAUCGUUGCCGGAGGGAAAUUUGGCGACAUGGCGUUACACUAUUUGAAUAAAUACAAAAUUAUGGGCGUUCGUCUAAUGAGCAAGUUUGAUUUGAGACGGCUAUGUAAAGCUGUAUCGGCAACAGCGCUGCCCAGACUUACACCGCCAAACAAAGAAGAACUUGGAUUUGCAGACUGUGUUUAUGUCGAUGAACUAGGCGAUACGUCUUUAGUGGUUUUUCGUUUAGACGGUAAAGAUUCGCGAAUGGCCACGAUCGUUGUACGUGGAGCCACUGACAACUUUAUGGACGACAUCGAAAGAGCUAUUGACGACGGUGUCAACACAUUUAAAGGAGUUACUAGAGACGGAAGAUUGUUACCAGGAGCUGGUGCCACUGAAAUGGAACUCGCUUAUCAGAUUAGUCAGUUUGCCGACACAUUACCAGGGUUGGAACAGUAUGCAGCUAAUCGUUUCGCAAUCGCUUUAGAAGGUUUUGUACAAAUUUUAGCCGACAACACUGGUGUAAAAUCGAAUGAAACAUUAGCUGAACUGUAUUCCCAACAUAGUAAGCUCAACAAAAAUGCAGGUUUCAACAUCGAGGCUAGCGGAUCAUCUUUGUUGGAUGUAGUCAAAGCUGGAAUAGUUGACUCGUACUUCGUAAAGUAUUGGGGUUUAAAGUAUGCAACGCAAGCGGCUUGUACAAUAUUGAAAGUCGAUCAAAUUAUUAUGGCUAAGCGAGCGGGAGGCCCAAGAGCCCCUGGUGGUCGCGCACCCGACAACGAUGACGAUGCUUAAUCUUUUUGAUGUUAUAUGUUUUCUCACUGAUUCGAGUUACUAAUUUAAUUUUUUUUUAUACUAAUAAUAGUAUUAACAUAAUAUGUAAUUUU